UACUUCAGUCUGGUGAUCGUCAUGUUCCUGGUGGAGUUCAUGUUCGCCACGCUGGCCUUCGCCUUCCGAAGCUGGCUGGGGGCCUUCAUGGUGGAGGAGCUGCAGAGCGGCAUCCGCCACCACUACAACACGUCGAGCACAAACGCGCUGCACAACCUCUGGUCCCACGUGCACAAGGAGUUCCGCUGCUGUGGAGUCGUGGAGUACACGGACUGGUACAAGAUCAGCGCCUGGCCCAAAGAGAGCUGGGUGCCCAACUCGUGCUGCCUGCCGGACUAUGCUAACAACACGGACUGCGGGCACAGCGGGUCGGCGGACAUGUGGUACCCCAAGGGCUGCUCGGAGCAGGUCCAGAUGUGGUUCCUCGACCGGCUGCACAUCGUCGGCAUCGUCGGGCUGGUCGUAGCCUUCAUCCAGCUGUUUGGGCUCAUCUCCUCGAUGCUGCUGUUCUGCACGGUGCGCCACAAGCGCUCCGGACAGACGUACAAGUCGUACGACCACGCCUCGUGAGCGCGCCGUGGCCGCGACCUCCACGUCACCCUCCUCAGCUCAGCGCGCCUCUGCGCUCCUCCGGGGGCUCCCCAGCCGCACGCAUCCCUCGACUAAGAGAUUAUUCGACUGCCAAACCGAAGAAGAAAGCAAGAAGAAGCGUGGUGAUGUGUGCACGAGGACUGGCUUAUCGUUAGAGAAAGAAAGAAAAAAAAGUUAAUUUGUUGUACAAGUUUGCCUUGCGGCUAAAUGCCGAGCUCAGCAUUAGCUCAGCAGUAGCGUAUACGACGCCUCUCCGGCGAAAGGCAGGACAAAGCCAAAGAGAUGCCAUUUCCUUUCUCAUUCCUACAAGAAUAAUCAUCUCAUGUAAUUCAUCAUCUCAUUAACAGUCAUCCGUUCAGUGAUAUUCGUAUUCUUUGCCGUAAAGGGACAUCUCGUAUGGGCCCUCUAAAAUGUAUCGACAAUAAUUACGAGCUGUGAUGCGCUCCUUUAAAGUUAUUUUGAAAACAAAAGAAAAACUGAGCAAUUGGACGAGAAUUUCCUGUACGAAUGCCCGAACAGUGGACUAGCAAUGGUUUUACCGAAGUCGCAAACAGCUUUGAGAUCCAUAGGACAAUGUCGUGAUUGUCAAAAUCUUAAGUCAAUGAGACUUCUGCGACAACCUGCAUUACAUAUUUAUCUACUUUGCCAUAUCAGCCAAUACGUGACAGAUCCCUUAACUGGGGUGAAUUUUUUUGUGAUAACAUUCGAGUAUUGAUCUAAUCUUUACUGUUUGUUCAUGUGGUGUUGUAAUACCACUGUUUAGGGCUAAGUUUUCUUAAGAUUUAGUCUCCACCGCACGCGUACAGCGAGAUUUAUCGGACUAUAUUUUUUUUACGUCUAUUUGGUGUUGAGUAGAAAUGUUAUGAUGCAAUUCAGACUUUUAGGUUUACAUUCCACUGUCUGUUACAGUAUGUUAAAGCUUUAUCGUGUUAUUGUUUAUGAUGUGGAGAAGUGAGAAACUAAGCUGAUUACUAAGUAAUCUGUAGAUUUCUUACUUUCCCAUAUCCUUUACGUAUUUAAAUAAUAUACAAUUAGGUAGGAGCGGAGUAUAGGUGUGUAUUUCCAUUCGCGUUGAUCUAGAAAAUGUACAGAAAUAUUUUAUAACGAAAAAAUCUCAGAUUGAGCUCAUUCUCUUGCCGUAAGACUCAUUUACCUCAAAUCGAAGAGGUUAAGUGGGUGUAUCUUUUGAUAAAGAAAAUGUUGCCAUGAUUGAAAAUAUUUGUUUCUCCUACUCUUGCGAUCUUUUCCUCUUCUGCCAUAUUUUUCUGGCUACAUCUCUGAGAUGUCUAGAGGAAAAGACAGCAUAUAUAAUCAGGCCCUUUUUAAUUGCUCUUCAUAAAUCUUCCCACCAAAAAGUAUUAAAUGUAAGUGAUUUUAGAAGGUUGUAGAAAAGCAUGUGAAUCUGAUUGAAUACGUACGAUGUUUAUAGUAGUUAUGUUUAUAAUUACAUAUUUCUAUUUGCCAAAAAUAGUGUAAUUGACAAACAGUUUUUUAAAGCUUAAGAUUGUGACUAAUUUGUGGAACUGUUUGAAACACUUCAACAUACCAAUAAAUUGUUGUCUGGAUA